CAGGCUCUCGCGCCUCUAACCGUCAGCUCAGUGAACACGGCCGCAGCGAUGGCCGCGCUGCGCUUACUGAGCGUUUGGACGCUGUUAUUAACGGUUACUGUCUGCGACGGCUGGCUUUUUGACGGUUUCGCAGCCCGGAGGCACAGCGAGUCGGACGAAGUGGCUCUCUGGCCGCUGCCACAGAAGUUUCAGACGUCUGUGGAUGCUUUCAGACUGAGCUCGGCAAGCUUUCAAAUCGUUCACGCCAAAGAGUCGACGGCCGGGCCGAGCUGCAGCCUCCUCCAAAACGCCUUCCGCAGGUACUACAGUUACAUAUUCGGAAAUGGAAGGAAGCAUGGGAAGAACCUAGAGAACGUGUUUGACGCUGAUCUGGCGGAGCUUCAGGUGCAGAUCACGUCUGCGGACCCGGAGUGCGAUGGCUACCCCAGUCUAAAGUCAGAUGAGUCAUACCAACUUGAAGUGAACCAACCCACAGCUGUUCUAAAGGCAGCAAGUGUAUGGGGAGCAUUGCGAGGGCUUGAAACCUUCAGUCAACUUGUGUAUGAAGAUGACUAUGGAGGCCAAAACAUCAAUAAGACGAGUAUCUCAGACUUUCCUCGGUUUGCUCAUCGCGGCAUCUUGCUGGACUCAUCUAGACACUACCUGCCUCUCAAAGUCAUUUUGGCAAAUCUGGAAGCCAUGGCGAUGAACAAGUUCAAUGUUUUCCACUGGCACAUCGUGGAUGAUCAGUCUUUCCCCUUCCAAAGUCGCACUUUUCCCGACCUCAGUCACAAGAGGGGAGCCUACCACCCUUACACACAUGUGUAUACCCCCGCUGAUGUGAAGAUGGUCAUUGAGUUUGCUCGCAUGAGGGGCAUUCGUGUCCUUGCUGAGUUUGACUCUCCUGGACACACCUUCUCGUGGGGUAAAGGUCAGACGGGUCUUCUGACUCCAUGCUUCUCUGGCAGCAGUCCUUCGGGAACUUUCGGCCCAGUAAACCCCAUUCUGAACUCCACCUAUGACUUCAUGACCCGUUUUUUCAAAGAGGUCAGCACUGUUUUCCCUGAUGCCUACAUCCACCUGGGGGGAGACGAGGUGGACUUCUCUUGCUGGAAGUCAAACCCUGACAUUCAGAAGUUCAUGGAUCAGCAGGGCUUUGGCCAGGACUACAGAAAACUUGAAUCCUACUAUAUCCAACGGCUUCUUGACAUUGUGAGCACCACCAAUAAAGGCUACAUGGUGUGGCAGGAGGUCUUUGACAAUGGUGUUAAGCUGAAAGCAGACACGCAGAUCCAUGUGUGGAAGGAGAAGCCACCGUACCAGGAUGAAAUGGCACGGAUAACAGCGGCUGGGUUCCAAACCCUCCUCUCCUCCCCCUGGUACCUAAACCGCAUCAGCUAUGGCCAAGACUGGCUGGGCAUUUACAAGGCUGACCCUCAGAACUUCAAUGGGACCGCAGAGCAGAAGAAGCUUGUGAUUGGUGGAGAGGCUUGUCUUUGGGGGGAGUAUGUGGAUGCCACCAACCUCACCCCCCGCCUCUGGCCUCGAGCCAGUGCGGUAGGAGAGAGGCUGUGGAGUGAUGAGAAUGUGAAAGACGUCGGCAGUGCCUACGAUCGUCUGGUCAAACACCGCUGCCGCAUGGUCAGGAGAGGUAUACCUGCAGAACCUCUAUACAUUGGCUUUUGUCCUCAUGAGUACAGUGGCAAUUGAGUUCGAAAUGGGACCAUUUUUACUUCAUCAAUAUCCAUUCCUGUAAGCACUGAGACAGAACUUGAUUUUGAACUUGAUUUUGAUGAUGUAUGUAUUCUGAUGCUGCACUUUUUUUUUUUUUUUGAAAGGGCCAUCCUAUACGUAUAUUUUAGUAAACUGAAAUUUUCAGCUGUUGAUUUCAAAGGAUGGUUAGUUUAGUAUGGUCCAUUGUAAUUUUGAAAUGCAGUUGUCACAUGCUGUAUUCCACACAAAAGAAACCUCAGAUACUUCUGGGCUUAUGUCGGACAUCUGUCAAUGAUGACUUAAGUAGAGAUCGCUUUGUAUCAGUAAUUUAUUACAAUUGUCUGAUCCACUUGUUUUAAUGUGUAACUCAACAUGAGAAAUUAAUAAAUAAAAGGGAAAUUCAUCUCAAUAAAUGA